AUGUUCGCUCUCCCCGGAUUGAGAACCGUGCCCUGGAGACUCAAGUUCUUUGAUGUAGCAACACAUGUGAGAAAGCAGCGUCACGGUCCCCUGAGGGGCCGGGCCGGUCGACUCGCUGAUCUGGGCUCUGGAGACGGACGACUGGUGAUGGCCGCCUCCUCUGCUGGUUUCCAGUGCACUGGUUUUGAGAUAAACUCGGUCCUGGUCUCGUUCAGUCGAACCAAAGCCCGAUGGAGCGGCCUGCCCUCGAGUCGGGUCUGUUUCAAGAAGGCUGACUUCUGGAAGAGCGAUCUGUCGUCGUACAGCAACGUGACGGCUUUCCUCGCACCAGGAGCGAUGGAAGCUCUCGGGGAGAAGCUGCUGAAGGAGCUCCCAGACGGGUCUCUCCUGGUUUCCUGUCGGUUCCCGGUCCCAAACUGGAGCCCCAAGUCCUCCUGUGGAUCCGGUCUGGACCAGACCUGGGCCUACGACAUCAGCGCAGUGCGAGCGAGACUGGACUCAGAGACUAGACUCUGA